AUGGCAAGUACUUACGGCGGUCGAGUGCUUGCAGGUGAAGACAGCGAAGAGGACGACGAAGAUGACGAAGAAAUGGGUCUGCAGUUCAAGGGUUUUGGGUCGCGACUGUCCCCCGCAGCGCCUCGGUUUACAGUGCCAACAGUUAAUGCUGUGCCCCACAUUACAAAAGACUACGACAAUGAGGCAGAAGAAGACGAAGAAGAGGAGGAAGAAAGUGAUGGAGAGAUGGAAGUUGAAGAGCUGAAGGUUAUGGGGUGGGUAAGGCCACAGGACGAGCAGAAGAGGGUGGACGAACACGACGAAGAAGAUCGAAAUGAUGCAGAGAAAAGUGCAGGGCAGCAAGAAUCAAAAGGAGCGCAGCUGUUGAUGAAAGAGGAUGCUGAACACAAGAGGGAGAACGGAGAGCAGUGGCAGCUGGCCGCGUCGAUGAACGGCAUUGACGUCAUGAGCAACGCCUUUGUUGAUAUCGUGCAGCCUUCGUUAGACGGCACGAUCCAUCGGAUCACCGAGUUGAAGGAGAGUCAACAGCGACUGCUUCAGAUGUUGACCAGCUUAAAUGCUGGCGUUCAGACGAACGAGCGAUUCGCCAAUGCAGCUGCAGUGCUAGACAAACUACCGUUUUACUCAAGGAAGCUGCAAGGGAUAACGAUGGCGAUGCAGGAGAUCUCGACGUCGACAGCCAGAAUGAAGCGCCGUACAGAGAGCCUUCGGAUCGAUGCGCAGUCUCAUGCGAUCAGCAAGGAAAACAAGCGAGACGCCCAGUCGCAGUGGAACAAACUGUACGCUGCAAAGAGUGCAUCCGCGCCGUCGUCGCAAUCUUAA